GCAAAAUAAUUUGUCAUAAGAGUAGACUUUCUUUGUUGGCGUCCGUAUAAAGUUACCACAAACGCACUUCACAUAAUUCAUUCAUAGUGUGGACCAAACCAAAACACUCAACACAACGACAACCUUUGUGUUUUACCAUCUUGUUCCUAAGUUUUAAUAUCCUUAUCUUCACUUUCACCUGCACUUCAACUUUGUCAACUUCUUCUUAAUUGGUUUCAGAUCAGAUUGUUUUUUUUCUAUCUUAUUUAAGAAUAGCUCGUAUUUUUGAUACACUGCAAUUGCCGAAGAAAAAUUAAACUCAAGUGCGGAGAAUGAUUACCGAGCUUAGAAAGUAGAAGUUAUCGACAUAUCUUGUUCCAAAAAAGAAGGCUAUUAAAAAAUUUCCAGUGUGUUUGUGCCAGAAAGUCAAUUGGUAGUGCUGAGUAUAUCAAAGAACCGGUUACUUAUCAAUGCAAACAUCUCAGAAACAUGAAAUUUCUUACGGUUCUAGCAGGUUCUACAUCGAACCUGUGCAGAAUCUGGAGUCAUAUGGCAUACCGUCAAGUGAGAAUAUAGACAAUUGUUCAUCCUCCGAUAACAGCAGCCAAACAUUCUAUCCUUCUCAUCAGACUUUAGAGCCAUAUAGCACCCUUGAAUCUGCUUCAACAAGCAACAGUUUUCCUUACCAAAAUUCUCCUUCUACUAUCAGUUUCUCAUCUAACAAUAGCCCAGUGUCAAAGCUAGAGUCAAAAUCAUACGUGCUAAGGCCGGAACGUUCUCUUGAAUUUGUUCACGGUUCACAUGAGGAUGAUGACUCCUACUUGGCACAUGACCUUGAUGACCUGAGGCAUAAGAUAAGAGAACUGGAAUCUGUUAUGCUUGGACCUAAUGAUGAUAUGCUAGAUAUAUUUGAUAAUGAAGUUCAAGAAGAAUCUGCUUCAUUCUUAUUAGAGGCGGAGAAGUGGAAGAAAAACAUGGAGAUGGUAUCUAGAGGUGACUUGAAAGAGAUGCUUUAUGCUUGUGCUAAAGCAGUUGCUGUGAAUGAUAUCGAGACAAUUGAAUGGAUGGUGACUGAGUUGCGCAAAAUCGUAUCCAUAUCUGGCAGCCCGAUCGAACGAUUGGGAGCGUAUGUGUUGGAGGCUCUUGUUUCGAGGAUGGCAUCUUCAGGAAGCACAAUCUACAAAUCAUUAAAAUGUAGCGAGCCGACCGGUAAUGAACUACUUUCCUACAUGCAUGUACUUUAUGAAAUAUGUCCAUACUUUAAGUUUGGAUAUAUGUCUGCAAAUGGAGCUAUUGCUGAAGCUAUGAAGGACGAAAAUGAAGUCCACAUAAUUGAUUUUCAAAUUAGCCAAGGAACUCAGUGGGUUAGCCUGAUUCAAGCUCUUGCUCGCCGGCCUGGAGGACCCCCAAGGAUCAGAAUUACAGGUGUUGAUGAUUCCUUUUCGGCUUAUGCUCGCGGUGGCGGGGUUGAUGUAGUUGGGGAAAGAUUAUCAACGCUUGCACAGUCGUGUCAUGUACCGUUUGAGUUCCAUGCUGUUAGAGUUUCUGCUUCUGAGGUGCAACUCGAAGACUUUGAACUUCGACCUGACGAAGCUGUGGCGGUGAAUUUUGCCAUUAUGCUUCACCACGUGCCAGACGAAAGUGUGAACGUUCAUAAUCAUCGUGACAGGUUGUUGCGAUUGGUUAAGCACUUGUCUCCUAAGGUGGUGACUCUUGUUGAGCAAGAAUUCAACACCAAUAAUGCUCCAUUCUUGCAGCGUUUUGUUGAGACAAUGAACUACUACUCGGCUAUUUAUGAAUCGAUUGAUGUUGUUCUUCCAAGGGAUCACAAAGAGAGGAUUAAUGUGGAACAACAUUGUUUGGCUCGAGAAGUUGUCAACUUGAUAGCUUGUGAAGGUGAAGAACGAGUGGAACGUCACGAGCUUCUGAGUAAGUGGAGUAUGCGUUUCGCAAUGGCUGGAUUUACGCCUUAUCCGUUGAGCUCCUUCAUCAAUUCUUCAAUCAAGGAUCUUCUCGAGAGCUACCGAGGACAUUACACUCUAGAAGAGAGAGAUGGUGCGCUUUAUCUUGGUUGGAUGAAUCAAGUUCUUAUUGCUUCUUGUGCUUGGAGAUGAAAAAUCCAAUGACAGUUCAGUUUUGUUACUGCAGGUUUUCUUAAGUUAGCUAUGUAUCAUCCUUAUAUAUAGAUUUUUCUCUUUUUAUUAUAGUCAAAUAACUGUUUUGUAAAAGAGCAUCCUAAAUAUGUCAAAAUACUAGUAACUUCACUAAGGAUUAUAUAUGCAGAAUUUGUCUAUCCAAUGUGUUUUAUAGAA